AUCAAAGCAAGAGGAGUAGUUUUGAAAACUGUCACAACACUCAUCAUCCCCCUUUUUCAUCCUCUCUCACAGAAUACACCUGUAGAUUGUUGGCAGGGAAAUAGUUGCAACCAAUGAAGUUCACAGUUUGGGAAUGAGUGUUGUGUUUCAUAUGUGCUUUAAAAUAUUUUGGAAUUUUUUAGAGCAUGAACACAUUGUAUUCUGCUAAAUAAAAUUUCUAGGUCAUAUUAAAACAUUGUUAAAUUUUAAUCAGUACCAAAAUUUCAACUCCAGCGGCUACAAAAGUGCAAAACUCAUUUAAAACACUUAAAAAUAAUAGCAUUUAAGGCUUUCUUGCCCUUGAAGCAUUUUCUUCUGAAUUGAAAUCAGGCUAUCUCUGACAUUGGCAACUUAGAUACGUAUUGAUUGACUUGAAGAUGUAACCUCUGUGUCCAUCUGUUACCCUUAUAAGAUGGCAUUUACUGAGUACAGACUGCACGAAUUUUGAACACUAUAUAACAGCUAUGUGGACAUAUUUGCUGCUUCUUAGGGACUUGUUUCAGUUUCCAGGGCCUAUAAAUUUGAGCAUAUUUAUGGAGCACACUUAGCAGCAAAAUGAAAAUAUUAAACCAGAGUAUGAAUGGACAGAGUUUAUAUCAGCACUGGAGUAUCAGGUGUUUCUAACAAGUGCAAAUAAGAAGGAUCUAAAGCUAAAUACAACAACAGACUGUACUUUUAAUUGAAUUAAUUUUCAUCUAAACUUAACAGUGUUAAGUCAUUAUCCCAAGUGAACUUCAGAAUUCAAACCAAAGAAAUAGUAUAAAUGGUUUCAUUAUGGAACUGAAUGACAUAAGCUGAACUUGGGCCUAUAAACCCAGAACUUCAGAGUUUUAACCGCUCUUUAGCAUAAUCUCUUUGUGGCCUUGGGCAAGUUGCUUUGCAAAAACAGAAAACAGACAAUCAAAAUGAGAAUGACAAAGGUGUAGAGAUCUAGCUUUUAAAGCAUUUGGAUCUGAGAAGAGCCUCCUAAGUGGAUGUUUUUCCUAGCUCUUCAACGUUUCUGUUUUAAACUCAAUUUCUCUGUCUUUUAUAUUCUGCCUUCUACUGUAUUUAUAUCCCGUUUUCUUACAAAGACACACCAUGUCCUUUGGAAGCAUGUUUUAUGAAGUAAUAGAUGUAUAGGCCUAGGAUUUGAAAAAUUAUACAAAGUAAAACUUUUUUUCAUACAUAUAUAUGACAUUUCUGUGAUAGCUUUAUUUUUCACUAAAUCAUUAACCUCACAUCCUAGUAUGAGACAUCAUUGAAGAAUGGCUCACAUUCAUUGACACUUGGCUAAUAGGAAUAUAAGAGAUUUAAAAUUCAUAUUUGUGGUUGAAAUAAUUACUCCCUGGAUUAUUUUCUGGAGGAUCAUGUGUAUUUUGUGUUGCUCUAGGGCAGGUUUAGAUUUAGCUAUUUACCUAAGGAAGAAUAAUCCAAGUGUCCUCCAAGUGACUUUUAGAUGUAAAGUAGAGAAACUGCCUUGAAAUUCCUUUUAUCUUUUCUAAUCCUGAUAUUAGUCUGUCAAAGAAAACAAACUUUGCCAAUCAUAUUUCAGUGCCCUUUGGAGGAAUGAAACGAUGUGAGAAUGACUGGCCGUUAAAUUUUGAGUAAAUUACUUGCAUUUGCAGAUCUCUUUUAGCACCACCCAAAUAUGCUUAUUUUCUUUUUUCAAUGUUAUGAUUCAUAAUAUAUUCAUAACAUAUCUUGGAAGAUAAAGUUAUUUUGGUAACAUUUACUCUAUUUUUAGCUAUCACAGUGACAAACUGUGAUCUUUUAAAAAAUCAUCAUGAUUGUUAUUGAAGUUACUAAGUCACAGAGGCAUGGAUUGUGUUCACGUGGGGCACACACACAACAGUGUUGUGUUCAGUUGUAGAAACUGAAGACGGUUGUGCUCUACAGGUUGUGUGUUCAAUUUAAAUAGAGGUCAGGACAAAUGGACUUUAUUAUGACAGUUCUUAGGGUACACAAAUGCUUAAUAAUGUCCUAGUUUUAAAUUAAUUUAUAACUAAUUCACUGUGGAAGCUUGGAAGAAUUUUGAAAAAUCUGGAUUAAGGUUUGAAUAAAUGCAAACUAAAUAUAUCUGAUGCCAUUUAAAAAUCAAGAAUUAAAAGAUGCUUUAUGUAUUGUAAAAAAUACUUUCUAUAUUGCUUUUCUUCUAACUGCAUUUAAGAUACCAAAAAAACCAACCCAGGAAUCAAAGAUGAUGUAUAAGAAAAUUUCAUAUUAGUGAAUUUCUUUUAAGAUGAAUACAUAGCCAGGUUCUUGAGAUUCUCUGUUUUUAAUAUUUUAAAAGACACCACAGUAUUUUGUUUCUAUAUGAGGUAUUAUGGUGAAUGUAAUCAUUACCUUAAAUAAAAGAUUUUUGAGUAGCUAGAAAUCAGGGUUUUUAAUUGCUAUUUUGUGGAUUUUAUAAAACCUCAUCUCAAAGUACAUUUACCUUGGGUAACAUUUGGAUUGUAAAUAUGAUGAUACACAGAAAACAAACCUUUCAAAGCAAGGUACCUUAUUUUAGGACUACCUGAAAAAUAUAUAUACCUUUAUUAUUGUUUCAUAGACUAAAUACACCGUCAAAUUUAUAUUUCAUGUUAUUUAUUGUAUGCUUGCUUUGAGUAAAAUUAUAGGGGGUUGAAAAAAUAACUACCCCCUCUUCUUUUUAAGGAAAAAAUCAUCACAUUUAUUUAAUUUACUUAAGUAAAUUCCGUUAGAGGUAGUGUUUCUCUUGUCUUUUUGUUCAGCCACUGGAGUCCCUUGUGACCUUGGGUAUGUAUUCUAAGAGGUGACUGAUGGUUCGUGAUGUUCUGAAUUUUCUGGUAGCCUGCCUGUUGCCUGCCUCUGGGUUUGUCAUCGCCCUUAUGCUGACUUAGGCAGUGUUCCUUCAGUCUCUUAUCUCCAGGCUUUGAUGCAUAUGUUCUGAAGGUGGCCACAGUGACUUUGGGUAGCAGCAGAUGGUGAACCUUCAGGCUGCCACUGGCUGUACUGGUGUUAAGUUGGAAAGUUAACGUUUGAUGAAGAAUCAGUAGUGCAUAUGAAAGAGCUUUCGCUGCUGAAAUAUCUUUUAAUUAAAAAAUUAGCAUACUCAAACCUUUGCAAAUGUCUGGGCAUUUAAAGAAAUCUAAAAUCAGUUGUUUUCUUAGAGAGAAAUUAAGUUAUUUACCAGCUUAGUUUUGUGUUGCUUGCUUGUUCUAAUGUGUUUUUUUUCCCCCAUCCCAGCCCAUGCCCCAAUUUGCUUGUAGUUAAAUCAGGGGUACCUUUUAUGCUUUGCUGGUGAUAGAUCUGGAGAGUAGUAAAUGAAAAUACCCUUUAGGGUAGAGUUGUUUUACUUGUAAUGGACACAAGGACAGAACAGACAUUCAUUUUAAAAGGUCUAAGGAAAAGCAGUGAAUACAGCAGGAACAGAAAGACCAUCAUCCCCCGCUGUGUGCCCAACAUGGUGUGUCUGCACAAGUACAUCAUUUCUGAGGAGUCAGUAUUUCUUGUGCUGCAGCACGCGGAAGGUGGCAAACUCUGGUCAUAUAUUAGUAAGUUUCUGAACAGAAGUCCUGAAGAAAGCUUUGACAUUGAAGAAGUGAAAAAAUCUUCACUUGCUAAAGUUCAACUGCAACAACCAACUUCUAGUCCUCAGGACAGCAGCUUUGAAUCCAGAGGAAGUGAUGGUGGAGCCAUGCUUAAAGUUCUGCCUUUAAAGACUAGUCUUACUCCAAGCUCUCAAGAUGACAGCAACCAAGAUGAUGAUGGGCAAGAGAGCUCUCCAAAAUGGCCAGAUUCUGGCUCAAGUUCAGAAGAAGAGUGUACUACAAGUUAUUUAACAUUAUGCAAUGAGUAUGGGCAAGAAAAGAUUGAACCUGGCUCUUUGAAUGAGGAGCCUUUCAUGAAGACUGAAAGGAAUGAUAUUGAUACCAAAGCUAUUGAAAACUUCCCAGCACACCUUGCUGCCGACAGUGACAGCCCCAGCACACAGCUAAUAGCCCACGAGCUGAAGCUUUUUCCUGGAGAUGAUGGCCUAGAAGUAGUUAGUUCUCUGAGAACAUCAGAUUCCCUCAGUAGAUCUAAAAACAGUCCCAUGGAAUUCUUUAGGAUAGAUAGUAAGGAUAGCACUAGCGAACUCUUUGGACUUGAUUUUGGAGAAAAAUUGUAUAGUCUAAAGUCAGAACCUUUGAAGCCAUUCUUUGCUCUUUCUGAUGGAGACAGCACUACCAGGAGUUUUAGUACUAGUGAAAGCAAGGUAGAGUUUAUAGCUCAGGACACCAUUAGCAGGGGCUCAGAUGACUCUGUCCCUGUUAUUUCUUUUAAAGAUGCUGCUUUUGAUGAUGUCAGUGGUACUGAUGAAGGAAGGCCUGAUCUUCUUGUAAAUCUACCUGGUGAACUGGAGCCAAUAAAAGAUGGUGCAGCAAUGGGACCUACUAAGUUCACACAGACUAAUAUAGGCAUGAUAGAAAGUAAACUGUUGGAAACCCCUGAUGUUUUAUGCCUUAGGCUUAGUACUGAACAGUGCCAAGCACGUGAAGAAAAAGGCACAGAGGAACUGAGUGAUCCCUGUAGGCCUGAAUCCCAUAGUAUAACAGAGAAACACUACGCACAGGGGGAUCUUGGGAUGUUAUUUGUAGCCGCUGAUGAUCGUAGUAAUACGGGAGACAUGUCUUUGUUACACAGUUCAGAUCCUAAGUUUCAAGGACUUAGCGUGGUUGAGUCGGCAGUCACUGUACACAACACAGAAGAAAGCUUAUUCCAUAUUUCUGACCCACUCUCAGGUGCUAACGAAUAUAACGUAAACACAGACACUUUAAAAACUGAAGAAGUAUUGCUGUUUACAGAUCAAACUGAUGAUUUGGCUAAAGAGGAGCCGACUAUAUUUCAGAAAGACUCUGAGACUAAAGCAGAGAGUGGGUUAGCACUAGGAGGAGACAAGGAAAUACAUCAGAUUUUUGAGGACCUUGAUAAAAAAUUAGCACUGAACUCCAGGUUUUACAUCCCAGAGGGCUGCAUUCAAAGAUGGGCAGCUGAAAUGGUGGUAGCCCUUGAUGCUUUACAUAGAGAGGGAAUUGUGUGCCGCGAUUUGAACCCAAACAACAUCUUAUUGAAUGAUAGAGGACACAUUCAGCUAACGUAUUUUAGCAGGUGGAGUGAGGUUGAAGAUUCCUGCGACAGCGAUGCCAUGGAGAGAAUGUACUGUGCCCCAGAGGUUGGAGCAAUCACGGAAGAAACUGAAGCCUGUGAUUGGUGGAGUUUGGGUGCUGUCCUUUUUGAACUUCUCACUGGCAAGACUCUGGUUGAGUGCCAUCCAGCAGGAAUAAAUACUCACACUACUUUGAACAUGCCAGAAUGUGUCUCUGAAGAGGCUCGCUCACUCAUUCAACAGCUCUUACAGUUCAACCCUGUGGAGCGUCUUGGUGCUGGAGUUGCUGGUGUUGAAGACAUCAAGUCUCACCCAUUUUUUACCCCUGUGGAUUGGGCAGAAUUGAUGAGAUGAGCAUAAUGCCAGGUUCUCUGCACACAUUCUGAUCUUCUCUGUGACAGGCAUCUGCAGUACAGAGGCAGCUCUGCCUCACACUCAGUUAUGGGGCACCAAGCACUGGGAUGAAGAUCUUUAGAGGAAAUGGAGAAAGAAAAAGCCUGAGAGAGGACAAUUCCUUUACAGUUACUGUCUGGACAAGAUAUUGGCUACAUUUGCAAGGGGCUGUUAUCUACAAACCUUCAAACAGGUGUGAUCUUUAUUUUAUCUGCAUUUAGUGUUGCAGAUGAGUUGUAAACCCAACUAAAAGAGGAAUGCCCUUCAAGAACUUCCUCUGAUAUGAAACUCCAAGUGGAGAAUGAAGUGUUGCUUGAAAGGAGGACCUUUCCAUGGCAGCUGAUAGUGCGCUCCGCUAACCAAGACUGGUUUAAUAUGAUCAAAUUAAUAUUUGCUGAAUAAUAUAUACUAAAAGUGCUUCAUGAAUAAUGUCAUCUGUGGAGCUUAAAAAGUGAGAAAAAAAGAAUGUAUACAUCAUGUCUGAUAGGAUGCUAUAUAAUUAAUGUAUGUCGAAUAUGUUCCCAUAUUCAUUCUUUCCAAAAAGUCCACAUGAGAAUAAAACAUUUCAUGUUGUCAGCUUUGUACUUUGUUGGUUGAUGCUGCUAACAGAAGAGUGCAUGUGAGCACUCACUCUUGCCUCUCUCUUCAUUUUUAUCUUUCCAUGUUCUAUACCCGCUGCCAGUUCUCUUAUAUUCUGUUCUUCCUACCCCUAUUAAUAUAUAAACAGCAAAAAAGGGAAGGGAGUAUUUAUUUCCCCAAAUUGUAUCAACUUAAUAAGAACUAAAGAAUCAUGAUGUAAAAUAAACGUGGUAAAAAUUU